CGCCACCGAUAACAAUCAUAAUAGAGUGUCCAGGACCCUUGCGCAAAAUGUUCAUACAAUCCUGAAGGAAGCAAAGUUUGGAAAUUCCAAAAAAUUUUUGCAAAACAUCUCUGGUUGGACAUUGCCAUUAUUUCAUGGUCGUGGUAUAUUCAAUUAUGAUUUUGGUAUGUUACCUCAUAGAAGACAAAUCACUACAAUUGUGGGAAAACCUAUUGAUGUUGUACAAAAUGAUAACCCUACGGAGGAGGAGGUACUUGAAGUACAGAGAAAAUACAUUGCGAGAUUGUAUGAAAUUUGGAAUAAAUACAAAGACAUAUAUGCUAAGGAUAGAAAAC